AUGCUGCAGAGCCCGCCGUGCCCCCGGCCUGGCCCGCCGCCCUCCAAGACCCCCUUCCACAUCGAAGCGCUCCUCGCCCGGGACCCGCCGCGCCGCGGCCCCGCCGCCUCCAUCGCAUCCAUCCCUUCCAUCACCUCCAUCCCGUCCAUCCCGCCGCCCCCGCGCUGGCCCGCGGCGGGACCCGCUCCGGGAGCGGCAGCGGGAUCGGCAGCAGGAACCGGCCCGGGAGCGGGGCUGGGGCCGCUGCCCGGCGGGUGGGGCUGGGGCUGGGGCUGGGGCGGUGCAGUCCUUUGGGUCUGGUUGCAUGCCCAGGUGGUACUUGAGAGUAAAAUCACAGGUCCCCAAAAAAUCAUCUACUCCAACCUUUCAUGGGAAAGGGAGCCUACAUUAAAUUAUUUAGGUUGGGACAGGGCAGGGACAUUCCUGCUCUUUUUGGUGCUACUUUCUCCCAUCCCCUUCAGUGCAGAUCCUUUCAAUUUUCGCUGCUUUCUCGCAGGUCUGGAGCUGUCUCACUGUGUCGGGACCAACUCUCUUGGCCCUGUGGGGCCUUGGAGGUCGGGGGGGCCCUGCAAGAUGAAGAGGGUCCGCACUGUCUUCAAACCAGAGCAGCUGGAGAGGCUGGAGCAGGAAUUCCUCAAGCAGCAGUACAUGGUGGGCACAGAGCGAGUGGACCUGGCUGCGACUCUGCACCUCACGGAGACGCAGGUGAAAGUCUGGUUCCAGAACCGGAGGAUCAAGUGGAGGAAGCAGAGCAUGGAGCAGAAGGCGGCAAAGCUGUCCCAGUUUGGGGUGAUCCAGCCCGUGAGCGCCGACUCCACGGACAGCAAGGACCACGAGGAGGACACCGUGGACGUGGAGCUUUGA